AUGGAUACUCUCCGUCGCCGGAUUCCAUUCAAACUCUCGGAAGAUGAUGACACAGGACUGGAGAAUGACAUUCUUGACGAGCAAGAACAAGAAGAGUUAAUCGACGAAUUGCGCCGGGAGAACGAAAACGUCAAUCACGCAUAUUCCAUUGCUUUGAAAGUUCUUGUUGGUCUUUCAUGUAUACUCCACGUUACUACAAUCAACCAUAACCCGCUAUUCUCCAUUUUCCCAAUUCAGGGAAACGAAGUCUCGAUACCUUUGCCCGCAAUAUUCACUAUUCUGGCGCUAUACAUCCACUUCAACCUCGUCCUCCUUUUCUUCUCCAACGAAAUACGUAUCCGCUUCAAUCUAUCCGGCCCAAUUGAUCCUCUUUCUUUCCAACUCCUGUAUUCACUUUCUGCUGUGGCCCCGACAUUGUGUCUAUUUCUACAAAAGCCAUGGCAAAUCACUGCGUGGUGGUGUGAAACUGGCCUCAUAGUAUUCAUUGUGCACACGGUGAUGGACGCCAUCCAGCAGAGUAAUCAAGGCAUAGCGGAGCUGGAGACGAUGAAAUAUACAGCCCCUGGAGCGUAA